UCGCCCUUAACAAAGAUGGCGGCCGCCGCCCGGACUACGCGGGCGAGGAAAGUUUUCCUCGUGAGCCUUCCCGGUUCCGGCAUCUGGGCUCUUCGCGGCACCGGAAGGCCCUUCGCGCACGGGAACUCUCUUUCCUCCCGCGGUCAGAGAGGCCCCCGCGAGGAAAGAGGCCCCGUCUGGGUGCCGCUCAGGCCUGCCGCGGAGCACGCCGGGAGUCUCCGCCAGGGCCAAUCGGCGGUCGCUGUCGCGGGGCAUGCCGGGAGUCUGGCCAAGGCCGGAGAGCCGCGGCGAGGGGCCCGCGGUGCAUGGAGUCCCGACAGCUCUUCGCUCAGCAGCUCUCCCCCCUUGCGGGGCCUGGGACCCUCCCCGCCGCCUGAGCCUCCCCCCCCUCUGCACCCCUCCAUGAUCGGCUCGGCCAUGACCAGCUCCAUCGGCGGGCUGGGCUCCCCCUUCCCGGUCAUCAGCUCCUCCAUGGGCUCCCCGGGGCUCCCGGCCACCCCCUCCAUCGGCUACGGGCCCGUCAGCAGCCCCCAAAUCAACUCCACGGUCAACCUCUCCGGCCUCCACUCGGUCAGCAGCUCAGAAGACGUGAAGCCUCCGGUGGGCAUGAGGGUCCUGCCAGGGCACCCCCACAGCGGCCUGAUGCCCGGGAAACGGCUCUGCGCCAUCUGUGGGGACCGGUCUUCAGGGAAGCACUAUGGGGUCUACAGCUGUGAGGGCUGCAAGGGCUUCUUCAAGCGCACCAUCCGGAAGGACCUCACCUACACCUGUCGCGACAACAAGGACUGCAUCGUCGACAAGCGCCAGCGCAACCGGUGCCAGUACUGCCGCUACCAGAAGUGCCUGGCCACCGGCAUGAAGCGUGAAGCCGUGCAGGAGGAGCGCCAGCGGGGCAAGGAGAAGGACGGGGAGGGGGAGCUGGCCGGCACCGGCGCCAACGAGGACAUGCCGGUGGAGAAGAUCCUGGAGGCCGAGCUGGCCGUGGAGCAGAAGUCGGACCAAGGCGUUGACGGAGCCGGCACGGGGGGCAGCUCGGUGAGUUGGGGAAGGGGAGCAGCGGGAUCAGAGCGGUCCCUCCACCACCCCACCGACACAGAUGAGCCCAACGACCCGGUGACCAACAUCUGCCAGGCUGCGGACAAGCAGCUCUUCACCCUGGUGGAGUGGGCCAAGCGCAUCCCCCACUUCUCAGAGCUGCCCCUCGACGACCAGGUCAUCCUGCUCAGGGCCGGCUGGAACGAGCUGCUGAUCGCCUCUUUCUCCCACCGGUCCAUUUCGGUGAAGGACGGGAUUCUGCUGGCCACCGGGCUGCAUGUCCACCGCAACAGCGCCCACAGUGCCGGCGUUGGGGCCAUCUUCGACAGGGUGCUGACUGAACUGGUGUCCAAGAUGCGCGACAUGCGGAUGGACAAGACGGAGCUGGGCUGCCUGCGUGCCAUCAUCCUCUUCAACCCAGACGCCAAGGGUCUCUCCAACCCCGGGGAGGUGGAGUUGCUGCGCGAGAAAGUCUACGCCUCGCUGGAGUCCUACUGCAAGCAGAAGUACCCGGAUCAGCAGGGGAGGUUUGCCAAGCUCCUGCUGCGUCUGCCAGCCCUGCGGUCCAUCGGCCUGAAGUGCCUGGAGCACCUCUUCUUCUUCAAGCUGAUCGGGGACACCCCCAUUGACACUUUCCUGAUGGAGAUGCUGGAAGCCCCCCACCAGAUGUCCUGACCCCCCCCCGCCCCCCCACCCCAAGGACCGAAGGAUUGCUGCCAAGAAGGCCGGGAGCUCACACAGACACACACACACCCCGGUGCUCUGCUGCAUUGAGGCAGGGGGCUGUACUUCCCAGCCAUGGGGGGGGGCUAGCCCCCUCCCCACCUUUACAUAAAUCACGGGGUUCCCCUCAGCCGGCCUCUGAGUGCUGGGGGGGGUCCUGGCCCGGGAAAGGGGCUCCCUGUAACACUGCUCCUCCCAGUCAGUUUGCGUGAGAAGCCCCCUGGGGAGGGGAUGUGCCAGGGAUCUUGGGGGGAGGGCAGGAAGGCUCCUCCCCCACUCCAUUGCAGCUUGGGAAGUGGCCCCCUCCUGCUGCCCCCCCUUCCCCCAAGCCGGCUUUUUGGCAGCCCCCAUCAUGGUUCUGAAGUGGUUCCCAUUUCUUGGGGGGGGGGGCUCCUUUGAGCCCCACUCCCUCUCCUCUUCUGGCUUAGCACUUUGACUGUAUUGGCCCUCAUCUAUGCAAGGGGCAGGGCCUGUGGGGGGGGGGGAUAGAGCACACCCUCAUGCCAGACAGCCUGCUCGCCCCCUCCUGGCACAGAGGAGCCCAUUGCCCCACGUCCUUGGGGUGCCCGGGGGCUGAGCUCCCCCUCUCACCCCCCAAGAGGGUAGGGAGCUGCCCUGAUUGGCCGAAUUGGAAGCCCCUCCCUCCCUCCCUCUGCUGAUGCCCUUCCCUUGUGCCCUGAGCACUGGCUUUGUAAGGCCUGAGUGGGUGG